AUGUCAGGUUUAAAAAAAUCAAACAUUCCGACAACGAUCUUCCCUCAAGACAAAACAUCAGAACACGUUGAACAUCCUGUAGACAACGGAAGACGCGCUUCUGAACCACAUUUAGCAGAUGAAGACGAUGUCGACUCUAGAGAAAAGAAAGUUAUAAUAGUUAGGUUCGAAGACAACGAUCCAGAGAAUCCAGAGAAUUGGAGCAACAUUCGCAAAUGGGUUACGACUAUCUUACUCUGUCUCAUGACGCUUUUUAUCGGUUUAGCAACAUCUGCCUAUUCUGUAGGUAUAAAUGAUAUGACUGCCGAAUUCGGCGUUAGUGCGGAAGUGGGUCAAGUUGGUAUGUUUGUGUUCAACGCCUCAUUUGCACUUGUACCGUUAUUCCUUGCACCAUUAUCUGAGUAUAUCGGAAGAAAUCCUAUCUAUCUCGUUAACUACGCAUGUUUCGUCGCUUUCUUCUUCCAACUUGGUUUCGCACAAAAUAUCUGGACUGCUAUCAUUGGUAGAUUCUUCUCCGGUUGCUUUGGUGCUGCUGGUACUACAAUGGUCGGUGGUACGCUCUCCGAUAUUUGGAGAACCCACGAGCGUGCAGGUCCUAUGUCAUUGUUCACAUGGGCUGCUGUUUUCGGUACCAUUGCCGCUCCAAUUUACUCCGGUUGGAUAGACUUGAAACUCGGAUGGAGAUGGAUUGAAUGGAUCCAAUUGAUUGCCAACUUUACUUUGCUCGUUCUCGAAUGUUUCCUUCUCAAAGAAACCCGUGGUGCCGUUCUUCUUGCCAGACGUGCAAAGAAGAUGAGACAAGAGACAGGCGACGACUCAUUCAGAGCACCAUCUGAACUAGAAGCUGAUUCUUUCAAAACACUUCUCCACAACUCAUCUACCCGUGCUCUCAUGCUUCUCGUCAAGGAACCAGUCGUUCUCUUCUUCUCUAUCUGGAUUUCAUUCGCAUGGGGUAUCAUUUUCCUUUUCUUCUCUUGCAUUCCCCUUACUUUCCAAAAUAACCAUGGAUGGAAUGUCGGUCAACAAGGAUUCCCAUAUAUCAGUUUGGCUUUCGGUACCUUUUUAGGUUUUGCAACAAAUUUCUUGCAAGACCAUCUCUACCAAAAGGCAACAGUCAAGAACGGUGGUGUUCCUGUCCCAGAAGCUAGACUUUACGGUGCUCAAGUUGGUGCGAUCCUUCUUCCUGUAGGUAUGUUCUGGUAUGGAUGGACACUAUUCCCAAACAUCCACUACAUUGUCCCAAUUAUCGCACUCACUCCAAUCAUCUUGGGUAUAUACCAUAUUUUCCUUGCGGUAUACAACUACCUCGCGGACUCAUACGGUGAAUUCUCAUCCUCUGCCGUUGCUGCACAAGGUUUCAUGCGUAACUUAUUUGCAGCUAGUUUCCCACUCUUCGCAACUUACAUGUUUAACGGUAUGGGCCUUCAGUAUGCUUGCACCAUGCUUGCGAUCAUCGGAUGUUUAUGUGCACCAUUGCCAUUUAUCCUCUUCUUCAAAGGAGAGUCUAUUAGAGCAAGAUCACAAUAUGCCUCAGGCCAGACUGGUAUCGCACAGAAAAUGGAAACUCAGACUUCUGAUGUUGAGAAGCAAUCACGCUCUUCAAGUAACUAA